CCUCAGAAUUUUUAAUUUUCUUUGGAAAUUCAUUCACAAUUUCUCGUGCGCCCCACGUCGUGGUUAUCGCGAAAUUUCAACCAACUCGUGUCAAACAGCCAUCAUGCCGAAAGCGACGACACCGACUUCUGCUCGCCACCCCCGUCGACACAAUCCUCUAGAAGAUGACCUUGUAGCUACGGGGCCUCUCCGCACAAAGGCCCUUAAAAGGAAGUCCACAGGAGAUGAUGAGGAAGAGCAAGAGAAUUACAUAGACUCUAAGGCGUCCAGGAAGAUUUUGCGAAUUGGUCGCGAAUUAGCCGAAGAAGUCAAUGUCGCCCCGCCUCGACCGCCGAAAGAGUCCAAUGCGUUCGGAUUUGAAUCGCGAUUCGAAGAGGAUGGCGAAGACAACGAAGCUUUUGAGGACGAGGAAGUAUGGGGCGACGAGGAUGAGAUCGUGGAGGAGAUUGAAAUCGAACCCGAGGAUUUAGACACAUUCAACAAAUUCCUACCUACCGACGACGACCCGUUAUUGACACAGGGCUGGGGAGGCAAAGCUCCCGCGGAAGAGCAGGGUUCGGGGACUAACCUUGCUGACCUAAUUCUGGCGAGGAUCGCGCAACAUGAAGCCGGCCAGGACAGAGCACAGGAAAUGGGACCCGCGGACGACGACUAUGAGCUAUCACCGAAGAUCGUUGAAGUUUAUACUAAGAUUGGCUUGAUACUCUCGAGAUACAAAUCAGGCAAACUACCAAAACCGUUCAAGAUACUCCCAACUGUACCGCACUGGGAAGACAUCAUCGAGCUCACAAAACCCGAUCAAUGGACGCCCAACGCUGUUUACGAGGCUACGAGAAUCUUCGUGUCGAGCAAGCCGAUCGUCGUUCGGAGAUUUAUGGAGAUGAUCCUCCUUGAGCGUGUGCGAGAAGAUAUCUACGAGACGAAGAAGUUAAAUGUACAUCUGUUCAACGCGCUUAAGAAAGCACUAUACAAGCCCGCGGCGUGGUUUAAGGGUUUCCUCUUCCCGCUCGUCGAGAGCGGCACUUGCACCCUAAGAGAAGCGGUAAUCAUCUCCGCUGUCCUGGCCAGAGUCUCCGUACCAGUCCUCCAUUCCGGAGCGGCUAUCAAAGGAUUGUGCGAAAUCGCAGCACGAGAAGCGUCGGCGGGAACCGAGGGCGGAGGCGCCACGAACGUAUUCAUCAAGACCCUUCUAGAGAAGAAAUACGCGCUCCCGUAUCAGGUCAUCGAUUCUCUCGUCUUCCACUUCCUGCGCUUCCGAAGUGUAGACCCCGCGUCUAUCAAGGAAGGCGACGCCAUGGACGUAAGCGCAGAGCGUGCGGCUACGCAGGCCAAACUCCCAGUGAUCUGGCACCAGUGCCUGUUGGCGUUCGCGCAGAGGUAUAGAAACGAGAUCACAGAGGACCAGAGAGAGGCCCUGCUGGACCUCUUGCUAACGCACGGCCAUCAUAAGAUCGGCCCCGAGAUCCGAAGGGAAUUGUUAGCUGGACGUGGACGAGGAGUUGCAAUUGAGCCAACUGGGCCGGCGUUUGACGGGGACGACACUAUGGUAAUCGAUGGAUGAGAGACCAUAUCAGGCGUGAUACCAAUGAAGACAUGAACGGGCAUAUUGGUGUUUUAGGCGUUCUAUUCCUGUUUCGUAUGUUCACCUCAGAAAGAAUGUGAUUCGGACAUUACUAUUUUGCCUCCUAGACACAGGUCCAAAGUCAAUACACUAUAAUUGAGUGGAAGAACCACCACCUUAACCUGCUACUCUUCGC